GUCUUUCGCACGUCAUUGGACGGCGUAGAUGCAUUCUCUGCCUCCUCUUCAUCGCUUCCCAGCCGUUGGAUUGAUUUCCCAUUCACUUCCAAAUCCUAAAGGCAGCGCAAUAGCAACGAGAAAAAGCAGGCGAUGAACUCGCGACUGGAGUCCAAAGUCGAUCGAAUUCUCCAAUCGUGAGUUGAAUUCAGCGCCGGGAGUGAUCGAAUUCGCCGGAGAUAAAGGUAAAGGAGAAUAAUCCGGCUGAUUAGCGGAAGAUUGAGCAAUUUCAACGUGUUCAAUUGGAAUGCCAGGAUUUUGAUUUGACUGACCAGUUAGAAGUUGGAAUCGAGAUUAAUUGGAGCGGAGAGGUGAUGAACAGUGCGGCGAGUAAUAAUCUGGCCUCCUCCGCGUCGGCGCCUGGGAGCAACGCGCCGCCGGGGUUGAAGACGCAUUUCAAGACGCCGGAGGGUAGGUACAAGCUUCAGUGCGAGAAAACUCAUCCUUCCGCCCUAAUUCAACAGCCGCAGAGCAAAACCGUCACGCAGGUGUCAUUAGCUCAUCUGAAGGAUAAGCCUGUGCAAGCACCAUCACAAUCGUCGUCAGGUUCCGGAGUGAGCAGUGGUGUUCGAUCUGCAGCUGCGAGGCUAUGGGGAGGGGGGAAUGGCAGUCGAGCUCUUAGCCAUGGAGGAGGCAAUGGUGGAAGUAGAUUGGUGGCUACAGGUUGCACAAGAAUAGGAUCAUUGGCUGCUUCUUCGAGUUCGAAUAACGCCAUUUCGAAUGCAAAUUUCGAUGGAAAGGGGACUUAUCUGGUUUUCAAUGUUAAUGAUUCGAUUUUUUUGAGUGACUUGAAUUCUCAGGAUAAGGAUCCUAUAAAGUCUAUACAUUUUAGUAAUUCGAAUCCUAUUUGUCACGCAUAUGAUCCCGAUGCGAAAGAUGGACAUGACUUGCUUAUUGGCUUAAGCUCGGGAGAUGUUUAUUCCGUCUCUUUAAGGCAACAAUUUCAAGAUGUUGGGAAGAAGCUUGUCGGCGCCCAACAUUAUAAUAAAGAUGGUUGUGUUAAUAAUAGCCGUUGUACUUCUGUUGCGUGGAUUCCCAAUGGCGUUGGCUCAUUCUUGGCUGCACAUGCAGAUGGAAAUUUGUAUCUAUAUGAAAAGAAUAAAGACAUUUCAGGUGAUUCAGCUUUCCCAGCAAUCAAGGAUCAAACUCAAUUUUUUGUAUCGCAUGCGCGUAACAACAAGAAUCCCGUCGCCAGAUGGCAUAUAUCCGAGGGCUCAAUAAACAGCGUUGCUUUUUCAUCUGACGGUGCUUACGUAGCAACUGUAGGAAGGGAUGGUUACUUGCGAGUCUUUGAUUAUAAAAACGAAGAGCUUAUAUUUGGCGGGAAAAGUUAUUACGGUGCUCUUCUUUGUUGUACGUGGAGCAAUGAUGGAAAAUACGUAUUGACGGGAGGUGAGGAUGAUCUCGUGCACGUUUGGAGUAUGGAAGAUCGAAAGAUCGUAGCUUGGGGCGAGGGGCACAACUCAUGGGUUAGCAGAGUUGCGUUCGAUUCGCAUUGGGUCGCCCCGAGUUCAGACAGCAUCAGCGAAAACAUAGUAUAUCGAUUCGGCUCCGUUGGCCAGGAUGCGCAAUUACUUUUGUGGGAUUUCGAAAUGGAUGAACUCAUAGUCCCCGUUCGUCGCCUUCCCGGCGGUUCCCCAACUUUCAGUGCCGGAAGUCGAUCGUCUCAUUGGGACGGCCUCGCUUCCGCCGGCACCCUCCGGCCGGCUCCGAGCAUCCGCGACGUCCCGAAGCUGUCUCCGCUCGUCGUGCACCGUGUCCACACCGAGCCUCUCUCUGGCCUGAUUUUCGUUCGGGAUUCCGUCCUUACGGCUUCCCGGGACGGCCACAUAAAAAUAUGGUCGAGACCCGAUUCUUCUGGCGGCGGGUCGAAAAACCCGGAAAAUACAAGCUUGAAAUAGAAGCCAUAGGUAUGCUUCUACUUAUAUAUCCUCAGCCAUUUUUGCACAGCUGAAAAUU